CUCUCUCUCUCUCUCUCUCUCUCUCUCUCUCUCUGCCUCUCCUUUCCUCUGUGUCAACGGUGUCCCCUCUUCCUCCUCCUCCUCCUCUUCCUCCACCACUCUGACAACCUGUCAAGCCUCACACACCAGAGCCUAUCAGACGGAGAGGAUCAGAUGGACCGCCUCCGGUUGGCGGAGCUCACCCGGACCACACCCAUGUCCAUGUGGAGGGCUGGAGCUGUGCAAGCCUGGCUUGAGGUUGUCAUGGCAAUGCCCAUGUACACCAGAGCAUGUUCCGAAAACGUCAGGAGUGGCAAGGUGCUCCUUGGGCUUACUGACGAUGACCUAGAAGUGGGCUUGGGCAUCAGCAACCCCAUCCACCACAGGAAGCUCAAACUGGCCAUCGAGGACUACAGGAAGGCUGAAGGAGGCCACAGGCUGUCCCAUGCCUCAGAGCUGGACCCCCACUGGGUGUCCUGCUCGUGGCUGGGCGACGUGGGUCUGCCCCAGUACGCCCAGACCUUCCAGGACCAGCUAGUGGACGGCCGGGUGCUGGGCUCUCUGAGCCGCAGGGACCUGGAGCAGCACCUGGGGGUCAGAGAGCGGGACCACCAGCACAGCCUGCUGCUGGCCGUGCAGCUCCUGCAGCAGCUCAACUUUGACAAGGAGGCACUGCAGGCGCGGCGCGCUAAGUGUGAACCGCAGGAUCAUGACCUGGUUGUGUGGACGUGUCACAGGGUGAUGAAGUGGAUCAGAGACAUAGACCUCCGGGAGUAUGCGGACAAUCUUAAAGGCAAAGGGAUACACGGGGCAUUGAUGGCACUGGACCCAUCGUUUGACACGGACACCAUGGCCAGGGUACUGGGAAUCCCCCACAACAAACACAUGCUGCACCGGCACCUGUACCAGGAGAUGAGGCUGCUCUCCGUCCCACACAGCAGCGCAGAGCAGGAGCGUGAGAGCCUAGCUGGCAUCUCCCGGUCCCCUGGCUCCGCUAACCACUACGCUGCCAACAGAAUGGCAAUGAGAAGAUCAGUCAUGAGUCCUUCGAGGUUGCAUCCAAAAGGCCAUUCCGUGGACCGGGCUCUGGGUUUCCAUGGCAGCUGUGGAUCUCUGCCUAGAGAGGCCAGGGUGCAAGCUGUUCCCCGAACCAAGGAGAGCCCUGUGCAUUCUUACAAGACUGUUGAGAUCUCCAACGUCUGAGGGAGCCAAACGGAAAACCUCAAAGAGAAACGCUACGACUGCGCUCUUCAAUCCCAGACUGCUGUUGUUAUUUUCAAGGAACGCAAGUGUAUCUUUCAAGGAAGUUCUUAAAUGUAUUUAUACUUUGAAAGAGGUGGUGGUUGUCGAUGCUGUUAACAUGUCUGAUAUGAAAUGUUAUUAUUCUGUUGCAGGAAUUGGCAUUUGACCAACUAAAAUGAAAAGCACAAAUACUGAAACUGUGUCGUGGUAUCUCAACCUUUUCCAUCAAAUCUAAUCGAGUAAUAAACUACCUGGCAAUUAUCAUGAGCUUUCAUAACAUUAUCAAACCUGUCUCGCUGCUGUAAGAUUUAAGAGUAAAGAGAGCCGAAGAGAGCAAUAUUUUGAAUCCAAAAAAAAUAAGUGUCUCCUCCCUCCUUAUGUUUUACAAGGUUGAACUGAACCAAUCAGGGAAGGCUGAUCGGGCCCCGAUUUGACAGAAAUAAGCAGAGAGUGCUCUAAAAUCGAAAUGGUCUCAUUCUGAGGCACUCAAAACAGAUCGGCCAUUUCACUCAUUAAUAGCUGACGGAUGGCCAUUGCAUUUCUACCAAAUCCCUCAAAUAAUAGCUCUUAAAGUACUACAAACAGCACCUUUCAUACAAAAGUUAGUCUUGCAACUAUGGUUGUCUUAACUCUAGAUGUCUGCCAGAGCUUCUCAGUCCCUCAGGAUAAUAGAUCUAGUGUCACGAUAAACCCAGUCCUCUAUGGGACAGGUUCCCCCGGGAUAGUCCAUGACUUAACUAUACGCACCAUGGGAUCAGCACAAGAUAAACCAUGGAUGUAAAGGAUACACACAUAGGACAACAUUAGGCACAAUGAUGCACUAACACCAGGCAGUCACAAAGAAUGAAACACAACCACUUCCAGACCGGAGGGAUAGCAGAGGUCGUAGUUCAGAGAGGGUUUCUGGCAUAACAACUGUAAGAAAGAGUAUGGAGUAUUCAAACUAACUGCACAAAUGGUUGUUCUUAGAAGUAACCCAACACUAGGUCAUCCAGGCUUAUUUAUGCAAGGUUCAUUUUCAUGUCAAUAACAGACUUGUUUUUGUUCAAUAAACUAAACGGGGACCAAUAUUAGUAUUAUCAGUCUUUUUUUUUUUUACAUUCACAAGAGAAAUGUGAGCACUGGCUGUGGUGCCAAGGGAGCGACUGCAGACACGGGACCAAUGUCUUGGUGAAGGGGCACUGGCUGUAUGGAGCCAGGCUAACACACCAACAACCUCAACACAUUGUUACCCAGGCACUCCCAAGGUCAGAGCAGGCAAACAGCGGU